CAGGAGCGGGUGCGACGUGAACUGCUAGCCGAGCAGAUGAGAGCGAAAACUACUCUUUCAUGUGGAAUAUUUUGGGUGGACGACAUCUAUUCGAAGUGACGACAUCGCCACCCGAUAUACGAGGGACAGUUGACGGGGACCGGAGCGUUAGCGUUACUGGCUACAGGACACAGCCGAUAAUGCACUGUGUCUUCUCUGCAGCCCCACCCACUUCCUGCCUGUAGAGGAAGCGGCUGUGCCAGCAUGUCCUCUCAUCCCCAGUCUGUGCCGCAGGGCCGGAGGUCUGUCGACACACGCCAUCUGCCAAACCCUGCCACUCUGCCACUGCAGCUGCAACGGGCACACACGGAGGUGGGACUGGUAGACUACCACCCUCAUGCCAGGGACUACAGCUCCCACCUGGCCCAACCCCAUCGCCGUCGGCCCUCACUGCUCUCCGAAUUCCAGCCUGGAAAUGAACGAGGCCAGGAGCAGCACAUUCGUUAUGAGCACAUCUACAUGCCAGAGCCCAACAGCCAGUCAGAGGUUGAGUAUUCUGAGAUCAAACGGCCUCGACUGGAGAUUGGGCCAGAGUCUCUGAUGAGGCAUUCAGCUCACCGUCCGCCUCUCUCCCUGGGUGGGUCUGAAGAUAUGGCCAAGGAGCGUGGCAGUUCCAUGGGGAAGCUGGAGCCUAUCUCCCCUGUCAGUCCGGCCCAGAUGGACCCUGAUCUUGAUAUGGUGCCAGCCCGCUUCUCCAAAGAGGAGCUGAUCCAGAACAUGGACCGUGUGGACAGAGAGAUCACCAUGGUGGAGCAGCAGAUCUGCAAGCUUCGCAAGAAACAGCAACAGUUGGAAGAGGAGGCAGCAAAGCCCCAGGAGCCAGAGCGCCCUAUCUCACCUCCACCCAGCGAGGCCAAGCACCGCAGCCUGGUGCAGAUCAUCUAUGAUGAAAACAGGAAAAAGGCUGAAGAAGCUCAUAGGAUACUGGAGGGACUGGGGCCCAGAGUGGAACUGCCUCUGUACAACCAGCCCUCAGACACCAAGCAGUACCAUGAGAACAUCAAAAUAAACCAGGCAAUGAGGAAGAAGCUCAUCCUAUACUUCAAGAGGAGAAAUCAUGCGAGGAAGCAGUGGGAGCAGAAAUUCUGCCAGCGCUAUGACCAGCUGAUGGAGGCUUGGGAAAAGAAGGUGGAGCGCAUCGAAAACAACCCACGGCGGCGAGCCAAAGAGAGCAAGGUGCGCGAGUACUACGAGAAACAGUUCCCUGAGAUCCGCAAACAAAGAGAGCUGCAAGAGCGCAUGCAGGGUCGUGUGGGGCAGCGUGGCAGUGGGCUGACCUCGUCCGCAGCUCGCAGUGAACACGAGGUCUCCGAGAUCAUUGAUGGCAUAUCAGAGCAAGAGAACACGGAGAAGCAAAUGCGUCAGCUAGCGGUUAUCCCUCCCAUGCUGUUUGAUGCCGAACAACAGCGCAUCAAGUUCAUCAACAUGAACGGUCUGAUGGAUGACCCCAUGAAGGUGUACAAGGACCGGCAGGUCAUGAACAUGUGGAGUGAGCAAGAGAAGGACACCUUCAGAGAGAAGUUUAUCCAACACCCAAAGAACUUUGGACUGAUUGCUUCUUUCCUGGAGAGAAAGACAGUGGCUGAGUGUGUACUCUUCUAUUACCUGACCAAAAAGAAUGAAAACUACAAGAACAUAGUACGCAGAAACUACCGGCGCCGUGGCAGGAGCCAGCAUGGGCAGCAGCAGCAGCAGCAGCAGCAGCAGCAGCAGCAGCAGCAACAACAACAACAACAACAGCAACAGCAGCAACAGGUGAAUCGCAGCAGCCAGGAGGAAAAGGAAGAGAAGGAGAAGGAGGGAGAGAGGGAGGAGGAGAAGACUGAAGCCGAAGACAAAGAAGAUGGAAUGAAGGAUGACACCUCUGGAGAGGAUGGAGAGGACAAAGAGCCCACGGUAACUGUCAAGGGUCGACGCACGGCCAACAGCCAGGGCCGCCGCAAGGGCCGCAUCACCCGCUCCAUGACCAGCGAGGUGGAGGAGACUACCACACCACCCCUCAGCAGUGAGCUAGCCAAUCUGGAGAUGAACGAGAGCUCUCGAUGGACUGAGGAAGAGAUGGAAACUGCCAAAAAAGGCCUUCUCCAGUAUGGUAGGAACUGGUCUGCCAUUGCUAAAAUGGUGGGCUCCAAAACCGUGUCCCAGUGCAAGAACUUCUAUUUCAACUAUAAGAAGAGGCAGAAAUUGGAUGAGAUUCUGCAGCAGCAUAAAAUAAAAUCGGAGAAAGAGCGUAAAGCUCGGCGUAAGGGCAAAGCACCGCAGAGUGAGGAGGCCAGUGCCCCGUCUGCAGCGGAGGAGGAGGAGAUGGAGGGCUCCGGGGCCAGCGGCAAUGAAGAAGAGGCCCCCGAGGAUGGAGAAGGUGGAGCCAACAACAGUUCGGACACAGAGAGUCUACCCUCGCCGCGCUCCUCAGAGGACAGCAAGACUAAAGAGGAGGCUUCCGGUAGGGCUAAGUCCAGCUCCAACAGCGCGGAAAAAGAGGUGGCCUGCUCAGACGCAGGCCAGGCAGGGGAUGAGAAGCCCCUGAGCCAUGGAGAUGGGGAAAGGGUUAUCAAGCAGGAACUGAAGACUGAGGAAGGCGAGUCUAGCAAGGAGCAGCACCAGCUUCCACUGCCACCUAGUGACUCCACAGACAAGAAACCUCCCCCCAUAGAGACAGAGGAAGUCAAGAGCUCCACUAAAUCCUCCAAGAGGGACCAUGGGGCCAAGAUAGGCUCCCAUGGGGACAGCGAUUCUAGCGCUACCUGCAGCGCGGAUGAGGUGGAAGAAACGGACAACACAGACAAGAGCAGAAUGACUUCUCCAAGGCCCAGCCUGCUAAACUACAGUCAUGAUGGAGUCAUCUCAUCCCCCUUGCAGAAGCCCAUGGACCUGAAGCAGCUCAAACAGAGGGCUGCUGCUAUCCCACCUAUUAUGCCAGAGGUGUCUGUGCAAGCUGGCCAGCGGGGUGGAUGUGGUAAGACCGUGCUGCCCCCUCAUGCCCUUGCACUGUACCAGCAGCAGAUCACCAUGGCUCACGGAGAGUCCUCCCAGGAGUCCAAACAGCAGCAACAGCAACUCCAGGGCCAACCAGGCAAACAGCAGCCUUAUCCAGUGCAGCCGGAUAGAGAGAGCCUCUGUAGCAGCAGCCCCCGUGUCCGGCCACGCAGCCCCUCCACCAACGACAAGGAUGACAAGGCUCGGGCUUUCUCUCCUCACGGGGAUGCCAAGAAGCAGGCACUUGGCUCAGAUGACCCCAGGACCUCUAACUUGGCUCGACCAGUACUAUCCCCCUACCCCAUGUCCCCACGAGACAUGGCUAAGAUCAGUCAUGACCAGCAUCUGCUGCACUAUAACUCGUUCCAGCAAGUGGGCCAUUCUGCACCCCCUGGUCUGCAGCAGGAUGGUACCAGGCUUGCAGCAGUGAGACCUCUCCACAUGCCUGAGCCACCUCCUCUUAUCUCCUCCACCAAGCCAGGGGGAUCAAUCACCCAGGGAACCCCAGUACAGUUGCAUAGCCCGGCUCACGGGCUGGACCAUAGCAAGAUCCCACCUUCAGCAAUGGGUUUGUCUUGGAUGGAUCAGAGGAAAGUUGCAGGUUCUUUCCCAGUGGUAAAGCAGGAGCAGCUGUCUCCACGCUGCUCAUCCUCCCAGGCCGAGAACCUGUCCACACAGGGGACACCUCAUGACAGCACUGGACGUGGGUCCAUACCAGCUGUCCAAGGGGGUAGUAUUACUAAGGGCAUCCCAGGGACCAGAGUGCACCAGGACUCUCCAAUCUCCUACCGUGGGGGCUCCAUCACUCAGGGCACACCAGCAGAUGUGCUUUACAAGGGAACUAUAACACGUCUUAUCACAGAGGACAGUCCCAGCCGUACCGAGAGGGAGCGAGAUGAAGCCCUGUCAAAGGGACAUGUUGUCUAUGAAGGCAUCAGCGGACACAUCCUUACAUAUAGCUCAGCUUCUCAGAACCCUAAAGACGAUGGCCGCGGCCCCGGGCAGCCCGGGGAGAUCCUAGGCCUGAAGCGUCACUAUGAUGUUAUGGAGGGAGGCAUCUCCAGAGGGCUCCCAAUGAGGGACUCCCUUUCUGCAGCCAAUUGUGAGGGUCUGAUCGGCCGAGCCAUGCCUCAUGAGAGGGACAGCCCACACCACACAUCCUUCAAGGAUGCUCACCAUAUCCGCGGUUCCAUCUCACAAGGUAUCCCUCGCCACCUUGACCCACAGGACGGCUACAUGAGGAGAGAGGCUAAACAGAUGAAAAGAGAGGGCUCGCCACCCCGUGGACCUGGCUCGCUGGUAGACCCUAUUAAGGGCCGUGAGGCCAUAGUUCCCACUGUGAAGGAAGCCGGGCGAUCCAUCCACCUCAUUCCCAGGGAGGAGCUCAGACAGCCUGCCAAGGAGGGCAUCAUAGCACAGGGUACUCCAAUGAAGCAGGAGUCAUCUGGUUCAGGGAAACGCCAUGAUGUCCGUUCCAUCAUAGCUAGCUCACCACGUUCCUAUCACAGCAUGGCCUCUCACCUGGAGAUGCGGCCUGAAAGGGGCCGCUAUGAGGAGGCUCCCAAAGGCCGACCCAGUGCUGUGGUUAGUACGGCCAGCUCUAUGGCCCGCUCCUCUCCCCUCACACUGGGGCCAGAGCAGGGAAGUAAGUCCCACCAUAGUCCUGUAGGCUAUGAGGACAAGGGCUCCCUUAGGGCCCCAUACCCUGGGCCCUCUCAUCGGGGGUCACCUCUCUCCAGGGAGGCAAGCCAACGCCAGCAUGAGGGUUCUAGUAAGAAUCCCUCUCAGGAGCGUAAAGCCACACCUACCCCCAGGGAAAUGAGUGCCACCAAGUCACCCCUCCCAGGUGUGGCAGAGCAGCAGGCCUCUCUAGCAUCUUAUGAGCGGCUUUUGCAGGGUCUUGGGGCUGCAGAUGUGUAUCGUGGACAGAUCCCUCUAGCCUUCGAUCCUGCAGCCUUACCCCGUGGCAUCCCUAUUGACCCAGCGGCCUACUACUUGCCUCGCCACCUUGCCCCUAACCCGGCCUAUCCUCACCCUUACCCUUACCUGAUCCGGGGCUUUCCCGACACAGCAGCCCUGGAAAACCGCCAGACACUGCUUAAUGACUACAUCACCUCCCAGCAAAUGCACCAAUGGCCUGCAGCUGCUGCCAUGGCUGCCCAGCGUUCAGACCUCCUCAGGGGCCUGUCUCCUCGAGACCAGCCCCUCCCUCUACCCUACUCUGCACCCCCACGCGGGAUCAUCGAUCUGUCUCAGGUGCCACACUUACCUGUCCUGGUCCCUUCCUCUGCAGGGGCAGCUAGCUCCCCAAUGGACCGCAUCACCUACAUCCCUGGGGGCACCACCGCCUUCCCUGGCCGGCCUUAUACCACCUCCCCCAUCUCACCUGUCGGGUCCUCCCACAUAAACAAGAUGCAAGGCACACCAUCAUCUGCAGAGCGGGAAAGAGAACGAGAUCGAGAGAGGGAAAGAGAUCGGGAGAGAGACAGAGAGAGAGAGAGGGAAAGAGAUCGGGAGAGAGACCGUGAAAGGGAGAGAGAUCGGGACAGAGACCGGGACAGAGAGAAGGGCAGUUCACACGGAAAUGUGGAGCAUGCCCCCAUCUGGAGACCAGGUACAGAACAUAGCUCUGGGGGCAGCAGCAGCAGCAGUGUGAGGCCUUCCUCCCACUCAUACAGCCACCAGCACUCCCCAGUGUCUCCCCGCACCCAGGACAAUGUGCAGCAGAGGCCAAGUGUCCUGCACAACACAGGGGGCAAGAGUCUUUCCAUCAGUGAACACUCCAGCUCUUCUGUGCUAAGGUCCAUACCCUCAAGCUCAACCCGCUACCCAGGAUACCCAAGCCACCUCCAGAGGUCUGGUGUGCCUUCUGAGGGCUACCCACCAGGCAUGGAUUCUGUUGGAGCCAAAGAGAGAGAUGGAGGCAAAAGCAGGGGGAGUCUACCCAAGCAUCUUCAGGACCAGCAUGGUUCCUCCAGUAAAUCUGACCACAAGCUGCCAAGCCCAAGCCAAGGGGGAUUAUACCCCGGCUCCUAUUCCCCGGCCUCAGGCCGACCCCCACACCUGCUGCCCCCCCAGCUGGAUAACCCUCCUGGCCGUGGAGAAGGUGGUACACCUAGUAGGGAAAAGACUCAAAACAAACCGAUGUCCGUUCAGGAACAAGAGCUCCGAGCACUCGCUCAACAGAAGAUGGUUCCCAUGGAGCAGCAUGGUCUGUACCGACCUCCGUCUGAAGAGAGGCUGUCCCCUGGCCAGCAGCCCCCAUCCCCCUGCCUUAAAGGCAGCCAGAGGGUGGUCACCCUGGCCCAGCACAUCAGUGAGGUGAUUACCAAGGACUACACCAGACAAAGCCAGCAGCAGCAGCAGCAAAACUACCACAGCUCCCCUGUCCUGGACCUCACUCAGCCACCAAGCGCCCCCCAGCCCCCACCCAACUCCCAGGAUCCUGCCCAAGGGUCCCGCUACACUCCAGAUGGCCCCGGAGGGGAACGCAACAGAGACAGGUCUCCUCCUCAGCCCAAAGCAUCGCCCAUCAGCAUGUCAAAUGAUGGUAUUGAACCAGUGUCUCCUGCUGGAGCCAUGUCUGAGCCAGAGGCCCAAGGAGCGGCCUCCUAUCCCAACGAGCAGGGAGAGCAAGGCAUGGGCUCCCGCUCCCCUCCAAAUGCCUCCCAGCCACCAGCCUUCUUCAGCAAGCUGACUGAGAGCACUUCAGCCAUUGUCAAGUCAAAGAAACAGGAGAUCAUCAAGAAGAUGACUGUAGUAGGCAGUGAGGGAGACUUCAAUGCCGGUCAGCCAGGAACAGAGAUCUUCAAUAUGCCAGCAUCUACCACUGCAGGACCUGUGAGCAUCCGCAGCCACCCAGCUCCAGAGGCCUCUGGUAAUUCAAUAGGCUUGGAAGCCAUCAUAAGAAAGGCUCUGAUGGGUAAAUAUGAUGACCAAGCUGAGGAGCGGUCACCCACCAAUGCUAUUAACACCAUGGCUGCCAGUUUGCCCGCUGCUAUGCCUGUAGGUGAUGGACGGACUGAGGACUCUUACUCACAACAAGGUGGUGGCAAGUCCUUAAAAGGCAAUGGUCGCUCUAAUGGACGGAAGGCCAAGUCCCCAGGUCCAGGCCACUCAGUGGGGGAGAGACCCUCCUCUGUGUCUUCGGUCCACUCAGAGGGCGACUGCAACAGACGAACCCCCCUCACCAACCGUGUAUGGGAGGACAGACCCUCUUCCACAGGUCCCACCCCUUUCCCAUGUAACCCAUUGACAAUGCGUUUCCCGAGUGGCAUGGUGUCUGCCUCAUCCCCUUCCUCCGGGCAGCCAGGGGCUCAGGGGCCAGUCCAGGGCCAGAGCCAAGGUUCGGGACCAGGCCAGGGCCGGUCCUGGGAAGAGGAGCCCAAGCCUCUGCUCUGCUCUCAGUAUGAAACCCUGUCUGACAGUGAGUGACAGAAAUGCUACCAUAGAACAGCACCCGCCAACUGUUGACCACCUCUGUGCUGCUUCAGAUAAACAUACACACAUACAGUGCUUUGCAAAAGUAUUCAACCCCCUUGACAGUCAUCACUAAUUUCUGGAUUAUAAAAGAUACUCACACACUUGUUCCUGAACAGUAUUAUUUUUGUGAUCCGAUCAGUAUG